AUGGCUGUUUAUUCGUUAUUCCUAGCUUUCAUCAUUCCGGUGUCAGGAUGGAUAAUGUAUGUGUUAUACUGUUUGGCUGUCAACUACAACAUAGCUAGGAAAACUGGCCUACCCCUCGUAAUCUUACCCGUUAAUUCAGGCAAUCCUCUUUGGAUGCUCGUUGAUACUAAGAUUUUACCAUACUUCAAACAUUUGCCUUUUACCAAAAACUUCACCCGGUUCAAUUAUCGAGGAUGGGAAAUUUACGAUCGAUACCGAGCUCAUCAGGAGCUGGGUGAUGCAUUUAUUUUCGUGACUCCGGGGAAGAAUUGGCUACAACUUUGCAAUGCAGGGACAUUAACCAAUAUCUUCGCCCGCAAAGAGGAAUUUACAAGACCAACAGAGAUAUUAGAGAUGUUAAACGUCUUUGGACCUAAUGUCGGAACGACAGAGGGAACCCAAUGGCAGCGCCAUCGCAAGAUUACAGCGACAUGUUUCAACGAACUUAAUAACGAAAUUGUGUGUCAGAAGAGUCAAAAUAGCAUCCUUACCUCAUAG